AUGUGCUGUUACCGGUUCGUCUGUAGUCUGCUGCUUAUCGUCGUCGUUUCCCGGGCUGACGGUGACGGUAGAACCUCUGCGAUCAACCACCAUCAACCGUCUGCAGUCAGUGAUGGGUCGUUUACCCCACUGUCACUGUACGGUGGCAGCCUGUUUCCCGCCGACGUGUCCUCCGACGAGCAGGUCUUCGCCCCAACGCUACCAUUACCGGAGAAACAAGUUUUCGAGCUAGCCAGCCUGCGGGUCGGUGACACUGAGGCAACUUCCGCGAGCAGCCAUACCGGCGGCAGAUCUCAGACGCAGGCGGAUGUUGAGCACCAUCCGGCGGCGCAAAAAAUCUAUCCCACCUUCUUCCGUAACAUCCCACCGCUGGGGCACUCUCGGCCGUACUACCAGUCGACGGAGGCCGCCGUGGAUCAGCGAUUUAAUAAGCUGCGAACAGGCGCAGCCGGACCUGCCCCAGUUCUAGCGGAUGUCGCGUCUCCACUGCUCGGGUCGGGUGAUUUCGGCAUCAUUAAAGGUGGCACGUUCUACUACGACUCAGACGUCCCGGGGAAGGGCUUCGUGGAUGACUUCUACGGGCUCGGUUACAACGGCAACAACGGGCAUGGGCGACCUCAGCUGGCGUACCUGGUGCAGAAACCGCAGAAGGAGGAGCAGUUCUCCAACUUCCGGGAUUUCGCGGACAUCAACAUCUCGAACGAUCCGGCGUACUCGCAUCACGCUCCACAGUACAUCGGGACGAGUACACCUCCGGCGGUUUCAGCAGGCAGUACUACCAGCACGGCCCCACACGAACCUGAGAAUAUUCUCGACGAGCUGCGUUCGUUAGACGAACGGCCACGGGUGCGAAGUAAGCUGAAAAAGGAUGCGCUGGUGGAGCGGAAAAAGCGACCUAAGGAUGUGAAGAGUGCGAAGGUGACAACGCAAGCACCAGAAGGCGAUGACUACAUGGUGGCGUCCAGCUAG